AUGCCCAUUGACAAAGAAAACGUCGAAACGCCAAUGAAACAUGAGGUGAAAAAACGGCCCUCCAUGGAAAGUCCGUACACGUCGGGCACGCCUAGUACACGUCCAGGUCCUAGAAAGCAGUUGAGGCCUCUUCGAGAGUUGGGAGAUCAGAAUUUGGAGGCGUCGCAGUUCUUUGAUGAGACUUUGAACAUGUCCAGCGUCAAGGCGGAACUGGAAGGAUCCGUUGCGCAAGAGCUUGCGAGUGUUGGAAUAGACUCGAUUGUACACCGUGCUGAUCCGAAUAUAGAGGAGUCCUUCGUGGAAUCGGAUGCGCCGAUGACCCAAAUGAAAGAGAACCGGAAUGUUCGAAGCUGUGAUUCGAACCUCGAGGACUCAGCGAUAGAGUCAACGAUGUGCGAAAUGGAUAACAGGGAGAUGACGGUUGAAGUUGAAGCGCUGACUCCUCACAAACUUUUGCAUGAGACUUUUGUGUUGGCGGAGGAUGAAGCGGAUACAACUUUGAAAAAUGAAGAGCCAUUGGCGGCUGAGGCAAUUGGUUUGAACGUUGAAAACACUACCGAAGAAGCCACACAAAGGCUGGAUACUACUCGUGACGAAGAAUCACCCAAGAGCGAUACCGUGAUAUGUGGAUCUGUUGAGGCCGUUUUAUUGUAUGAGAACAAUGGCGCUCCUUUACCAUUGGACGAAGGAUCGUUAGCUAGGGAACUGUCUGAUUUGGGAGAUGGAGAGAAAGCCAAGAGUGGCAUGGAAGUUGUGGGAUCAGUGAAUAUCUCUAUCGUGAAUCCGGAACCCUCGCAAAAGGAAACCCUCCCUUGUGUGUCAGAUCUAUCGUCAACUUUCUCUUUUUCAUCACAUGUGAGCUGCGCUAGAGGCGUUGGUGGAGAUGAUGUGAAUUUAUCAGGGAAAGAUAGUUUCAACGAUUUGAAUGAAACAGAAUUGGUGUUCGCCGUACCGCUGGCAAAGGCUGGUAACCCUCCUCAUGACAAGCGCGAGGACACAUCUCUGGGAUGCGCCGACUAUACAGCUAUUACUGAUAGCUCUCUUAUGGACAUUACUACUGGGAUCGAAGAAACGAUGAUGGUUUUGACUGAACCAGAGAAGGCCGCUGCCCUUCUUGCGAACAACGACGUCUUUCCCGCGCAUUACGGUUCGUCAGAAGUUGAAGGCAGGGUUUCACGACCUGAAAGUACCGCUACAGCAAUCGCAUACGAAUCUCUAACGCAAUAUCAGACCGCAAUAUUCGAUACCGGAGACCAAGAGAUGGUGAUCCAGGGAGAAGAUACUCAAAUAGUUUUACUAGAAGGUGCAAAGCCCAAGGAUGAAGAGAUUUCAGCAGAAGAUACCAAAUCCGGAGCUAGUGACCGAAUAACGGAGCGAUGUUCAUCUUCAAAAUCGUCGGCAGCUCUACGCUACAAGUCGCCGUUGUCGCCAAUUGCUGAUUUAUCCCGAGGAGGCGCCACGUCUCGUACGUCAAAUGCUGCAAGUAGUUUCGGCUCGCAAUCUUCAACACCAGUUCUUCCAGUCAAUCGAAAAUACAAUAUGAACGACUCCGAGAUUUCGUUCUUGAUUAACGAAGUCAAAGUCCUGGCCGAAGAAGAAGGUCGACUCCGAAAUUCAAAAUCUCCAUCAGAAAUUGAACAGAUGGCAAUGAAUAUGGCGAAGUUGGAGGCGGAAAAAGCGGAACUCCAUGCCAAUUUACGUGCUGUUUCGACAGAAAUGAAUAAGUACAAAGAGAAAUCAGCCGCGCAAGACGCUGCCUUAGCAGAGGCUGAUAAAAAACUGAAUGAAUUGGAGCGAGCAAGAGAACAUGCUGAGAAGACCAUUGAAGAUUAUGAGUUCAUAGUUGAAAACCUCAAGAAAAAUCAUGUAAAGCAGAAGGAGGAUCUCCAUGCUAAGUUGAUUGCCCAGGAAGAGGAACUCGAAAAAUGUCAUGCAGCUAUUCGAUCUCAGGCAGAUUUGACUUACACCUCGGCGGGGCUUUCGGCAGAACUUGCUGUGACGAGUGAACGACUAUUGGAAUCGGAAGCCGCAAGAGUGGCGGCUCAGAAACGCUGUGAAGAGCUGGCCGAGGAACUUGACAAAGCCAUGAAUGCCACCACUACAGUGGCUGUUUCGGAAGAGGCGAUCACUAAUGCCAAUCGAGAUUUAGCUGCCAUGCGAGAAAGGUUAACCGAGUUGGAGAAUGAGGUUUUGGAAAGAGAGCAAGCGCUUCUGACCGCUGAUCGUCGCCAUGCUGAGGAAUGCAUAACGCUGCAGGAGAAAUUGAAUGAGACAGCAUCAGCUCUGGAAUUGCGUGAAAAGGCUUUUGAAGAUCUGAAAAAUCAGUUGAGUACAGCCAAUAGCGAGAUGACUAUUCUGCGCGAAAUCCAGAUUGCCAGUGAAAUGGAUCUGAUGAAAACAGCGGAUGAGCUGAAAGCCGUUAAAUGUAUUCUGGAAGAGAAAGAGCAAGCAUGCAAGGAAGCAGUUCAUCAGCGCAGUGCUGCUGAAGAGGAGCUUACGAAUCUUAGACAGCAGCUAAACGAUAAGUUGGAAUUUUUCGAGAAGGAAAUGGCUCAAUUGGGGAACCUCAAAGAAGCGUGUGCUGCUCUCGAAGAACAGCUAGAAGCGGAGAAGAGGGCCCGCGACAUUGCAAGCCGUGAAGUUGAGCAGUUGAGGGAUGAAAAAUGCAUUGUCGAGGAAGCACUGGAUAAAGCUGAGAAAGCUUCCAAGGAUGCUGAGCAGAGGAUUGUUGAGGCCGAAAGGAAUCUUGCUGAUCACAUAAAAUGCCAUACUGAGAAGUUCGAGCAUCGUAUCAGCGAACUAGAGAGUGCGAUAGCCUUGAGCUCAGCAGAUAAGGAAGCAUUGACAUCGCAGCUCGAGGAAAGUUUGAAGAAAGAAGCUGAACUCACCACUGAAGUGAUGAAGGCUACUGAGGCGAUUUCCAAACUAGAAACUGAUAUGGCAGAUGCAGAAAGGGAUAAAGCUGCCUUGGAAGAAAAGGUGAAACUCGGGAUGGAUAUGUAUAAUGAGAAAAUUGCUGAAAUUGAAAAGGUCGCAGCAGAUGCAGCUGAACUCCAAACAUUUCUGAAAUCGCUCGAGCUCGAAAGGGAUCGUUUCAAAGAAGAACUUGAGGCUGCUGUUGAGAAGGCUCAGAAGACUGAGAUGGAAUCACAACAAGUAAUCGUUUCUAUGAAAGCAGAACUUGCCACUCUAUCAGAUGAUCGUGAUUCUUUGAAAACUAGUCUGGCUGAAGUUGAAGUUAACAAAGCAAAUAUCGAAAAAGACUUGAUUGAGCUCGGCGAAUGUGCAUUUAAGUCGCAAGAGAAAAUAGCCGCCUUAAUUGCUGAAUUGGCCAAGUCUGAAGAGGAAUGGAAAGACAAAGAAAAAGAGUAUCAGGCUAGAAUAGUUGCAACCGAGGAAGUUGCGAAAAAGGUGCCACAAUUAGAGAAAACAGCCGAUUACCUCAAGGCGGAAACGGUUACUCUAAAUAACACGAUCAAAGAAGUCAGUAGCAAGCUCUUGGCCGAGGCGGAGUCAAAACGAGAGGCCACGAAAGCCCUGACCGUCCUUGAAGAGCAGCAUUCUUCUUUGUGGGAAGAGAAGAAAGUCAUCGAGAAGGAGUACGAAGAAGCCAAAGCGCGAUUCGAUGCAGAGUUGACUACGGCACACAAUAGAAAAGAGCGCUGCGAAUACGAAGGUNCUUCUUUGUGGGAGGAGAAGAAGGUCAUUGAGAAAGAGUACGAAGAAGCCAAAGCGCGAUUCGAUGCGGAGUUGACUACGGCACACAAUGAGACUCGUAAUCUGAAAGAAGAAAUGGUGCUGCUCGAAGAACGCUUUGCCAGAGAAAAGAGCGCUGCGAAUACGAAGAUUGAGGCAACGACUGCUGAAUUAAGUCGUCUGAACGCGGAACUACGAGAAAGUAAAGUCGCCCAAGCCGAAGCUGAGGCGCAGGCAACGGAGUACCGCCAAAAGUCUGAAGAAUUGAUGGAGAAAUGUGCUACACUGGAAUCGAAGCUAGGCGAAGCUGCUAAUGAGAAAUCAGAACAAAAUUCCAAGGAUAUCGAGAAGGAACUGAAGGAACUGGAACGACUGGUCGAGUUAAAAGAAAGGGAGAUCAAUCGUCUAGGAGAUCUAUGCGAUGAGUUUGACGAGGUGGAAGAUAAUUAUAAAAAGAAAGUCUUUGGUUUGCUUGAUGAAAAUGAGAAGCUCAAAACGCAGUUAGGACUCAUCACUAAGCCCGAGGUUCCCAAUCUGAGAGCCGCUUUAACAGAAGGAAUACAAAUUCUAACCCCGGAAACGACACUGGUUCCAAACGGCGAUCGCGAAGAAAAGUUGAAGGAUUUGGAGAAAAAGGUUGAUCAGCUAACAAAGGAGAACGCACGUCUGGAACAGAAUUGCAAGGAUAUCGAGAAUGAAAUGAAGGAGUGGAAACAUCUAGUCGAGUUAAAAGAAAGGGAGAUUAAUCGUCUAGGAGAUCUAUGCGAUGAGUUUGACGAGGUAGAAGAUAAUUAUAAAAAGAAAGUCUUUGGUUUGCUUGAUGAAAAUGAGAAGCUCAAAACGCAGNUAGGACUCAUUACUAAGCCCGAGGUUCCCAACCUGAGAGCCGCUUUAACAGAAGGGGUGCCAAUGCUAACUCCGGAAACAACACUGGUUCCAAGCAACGAUCGCGCGAGCGAAGAAAAGUUGAAGGAUUUGGAGAAAAAGGUUGAUCAGCUAACAAAGGAGAACACACGUCUGGAACAGUUGAAGAAAACCGAGUAUGCGAAAUUGGCAAAGGAGACAGUAGAAUUGAGAAGGCAUUGUAAAAUUCAAGAAAACAGAAUAUCGGAAUUGGAAAAGAUCUGUGAUGAUGCUGACGAAUCGGAAAGCAAGCUGAAGCAGAGGAUCGCUGAACUGGAAAAGCAGAUCUCUCCUACAAAAGUUCCUGAUGAGAAGUCGAAAUCAAAAAUCCCACAACCUCGCCUUCUGGAUGCUCUUGGACCCAAAGAAGUCAAUGGCGAACGUAGUACGGAGCAAGCAGGAGUUGCAAAGGAGGAGUCAUACGUGUCGGCGUCGUCUUCCCCACCAUUGCUACAGAAGUCGCUUGAUAGGACAGCAGGACCCAUGUUUGAGGAAUCGGUCGUUGAAAACUCAGCCACACCAAAUCGUUCUCUACACACAACCCUGUACAAGAAACUUGACAAAACUGCGAAACUUUCUGAUUCGGUGGAAAGUAAGGCUAACACGAGUCGCUGCGCUCAACAGUAG